AUGUGGGCUUCAUGGAGACCAGACGUCGAUCGCCUCACACGAUAUUCCAAGUUAAACAGCAGAUGGACGUCGACUGUCCUCGAUCUGUUGGCCUUGGAAGGGCCUGAUCUGGUUACUGGCGCCGAAAGGACAUUACGCCAUGGGUUGGUAGCGGACUAUAGCGAGCAACGCAGAUGGAUACACUAUCGUGGUCUGGUAAUCGAAGUUCCUGAGCUUACAAGAGUAUGCUUGGCCGCCGUGUUAGGAAGACUCUUGCGAGGCUUGGAUUCAGUUUCUACGUCAAUAUCCUAUGGUGAAAGCCUAUUCAACCUCUUCCGAUCUUUGACGACAGGACGAGCGAUCACCAAGAGCGAGCUAGAUCUUUUGGAUGCGUCCCUGGAAAUUGGCCAUAAAUCCAAAGACGAUUACUUUGCCGCUGUUCGUAGAAUAUGGUCUGAGAAGGAGCACAUUUGUGGAAUGCAUAUCAGCCCCCUUCAACGGCUUCUUGUUAUUCUCGAGGAACCUAAAGCGACAACUCUCCGCGAACUUUUCCUCCACGAUUGGUUCCUUCACGGCUUUGAGGAAUGCUUCCGCGAAUGCCAACUUGUCAUACGAGAGCAGGUCACCACCCCUGCUUGGCUACGUCUACUACUCGAGCUACAUGGAUUUUGUACUGCCGUUAAAGCAUCCACACACGUAUUUCCACAGCUGAGGCUUGAGUUCCAGACCAAGAUGCGAGAUUGGCCAAGUGACAAACGAAUGACUUCGAUCAAGGAGAUCUAUAUCGCAGCUCAGAAUUUGUGUUUAGAUGAAGUGCAGACAAGGAAUGCAUUCGUUUGGAUUGACCCUGACAUCACCACUGGGUCCAUCUUAUCAAGAUCCUAUUCAGAAGACAUCAAGGCGCGACACUCGAUAGAAGUAAUCAUCGAGAAACACUGUCUCGACCACCUACUGAAUAUGGACGCGACUUGCAAUAUUGUUGACGGAGCGUUGCGCGAUAUUUUGGAGGUCUGGGAGAACACUGUGGAAGGAGUGAAUGACAGUGACCGGCGCAUGCUCGCAAUCCUUGUUUCGAGAGAUAUAAGUCACUCUGUAGUACAUCGCUGCGAGUGCAUUUUUGAGCUUGCCGUAGAUCUCGGUCUAGGUCAACAAUCUACGUUUGUUGGGGACAUGUUACGUAUCGUUAAAGUGGCGGAGAAUGAUUCGCGGCAAGCCAUCAUUGCCUUGACGAACAUUCUGGCCAUCCGAAAAGGAUGCACGCAGUGUUGGAGAUCUCUCUUGUACAGAUGGCUGGAUCAAGACGAUAAGCUCGAAGCAAGGAACGGAACUGCCCUCGUUGAUUACUUGGCCCAAACGAUGGACACUAAAACUUGGCUCUCGUUCAUGCAAUCGCUCGAGACACUCUUCAAGGAUCUAGUCUUCUACGACACCGAAGAGCAUACAUUACCAUCUUUAUUGGACCCUCAGCUUCUUUCCUGGGUAUCGAAGGUGAACAAGUUUAGUCGUACUCUGAUGAUUCUUGAAGACUUGGGUGGUGAUUCCAUCGCAGUACGCUCAAUUCUUUCCUCAAGCAAAGAAUCACAGAGAACAGAGAAUCUCGCUAUACUCUCAUGUCUCCAAAGAGCUGAAGGUAGUCUAUCCGAGGCGAUCAUGCAGAGGAUCGUUAUAUGGUUAUCCGGCAAGAGGUCGGACGUGCACGAAGUCAAAGAAUGCUUGCACAAACUACUUGGCGCGGCUGACGACACCAUACUAGCUUGUCAAGAAAUUUUCGAUGCGAAAUUUGGCUUCUUAGAUAUACCCGGCCUUCCUACCCACGAACAAGCCGGUCUCAAUAGGAUUGUUGGGAGAGACUAUCACGUCUUUCCUAGAAGAAGAUACGACAUUCCAUUAGCAGUGGCUGAGGUCAUGGUCGCUGGCUGGAUCCAAGACGACGGCGUGAAACCGGAGAUGAAGACUAUCAUUGACUGCUUCGCUCGGUUGCUCAAUUUGGAGGUAUACAGUAAUGCAAUACCUGAAACGGAGCUUCUCAAAGCAACAGCAUUCUGGGAGGGCAUUGAAGCAGAAAUUAUGCGAGAAGCCGAUCGCCUCGAGGGUCUGAAGCGAGCACUCAAGAUGAAAGACCCUGUGGGUACCGCCCUAUUACUUGAGGAGUAUGACGUGCCUGACACUAGCUUCCUUGAAGAGGAAAUACUGGAACUGCCUGCUGGUAUUGUUGAUCUAGUCGAGCUGAUAGACGAUGACGAGGUCGAGAUGGGCUUCUCGCUCGCUUCGUACACUGAGCUACAACGAAGCGCCAUGGGCGUACCAAGCGCAGCAAAUAACUUACUCGUACGGUUGUAUCUCAACCGUUAUGGGAACACGCCGCCAAGAUUCUGUACACAUUACGACAGCGACGCUGAUCUUGAGACUAUGCAACAUAUCCCAUGGAUUUGCUAUGAGUCGUCUAUAGUGCCACACGAGCAUGUAUGCUUUUCACCGCAAAGUGUCUUCAUAUGGCAGCUUAACAGACUCAUUCUGAAGCACAUUAUCAGCCGGGAUGUAACGAUAGCAGGGUUUUAUUCCACCGUUUCAUGUACCAUCAGAGAAAUGGGCCGCGUGUGUGUCUGCUGUGGAGCAGACCAAAAAGCGAAGAAGGCGCAAUUACGAAGGUCGACGCCUUGCAGUCUUGUCGCAUGUGCGCAGCUAUGGUAUUCCCUCCCACUAGAGAUCCGCAUACCAGAAAUUCGGACGGACAUCUUCACCGUCGACAUGCUCUUAUCCUCUGUGUACAACGCAGCUUGUACCGGCUCCCUAAAAUUCCUCCCAGACUGCCCUAUACGUACAGCCAGCUCCAUCAAAGCAAUCCUCAACUCUCUCCCAAAGCUCUCUGUGAUCCGUGACGCAGUCCACAUCUCCAGAGUCCUUGAAAAGUACCAUGCCGACGCUGAAAAGCUCAUUUCAUGGGCCUGUACGCAGUUUCGAGGCUAUAUAGCUACAGCGAGUGGGUUGUGUAAGAUUAAAAACUUACCAAUAGGUACCCAUCAAUUUGUGCUCGCGAAUGCGAGUCCAAAGCUCGAAACAGCAUACCUGUCCCGCCUACCGAAACCCUCUUCGGAAACUACAGUACUCUUUCAUGGCACAUCACUCGACCGCCUCCCGGCAAUCCUUACCCAAGGCCUCGUCGUUUGCUCUGGCACAUCUUUGGAACGCACCGGCGCCGUAUACGGAAAAGGCAUCUACUUGGCGGAAGACCCUGCGACUUCGUUCAGUUACUCGACUAUCAACUCGAGCUGGCGUAACAGUGCGCUUUCCAAUAUGCGACUUAUGCUUGGAUGCGAGGUCGUUGGUAAGGGGAGGAGCGUGAGUCGUGGGAUUCAUGCAUUGGAAGAUGGACGUGAUGUUAUGGUGAGGUAUGUUUUCCUGUUUCCGCAUAAUUCCGUAGCACCUGUGGCGAAUCACAUUGUUACUGCUAUGGGGAGUGCAAUGGCGGCAUUGAGGACGGGCGUUGUAUAG